AGACGGCGUAUUAACACAAGCUUCCUGUUGGUAUUAUUGACCUAGGAAAAAAAGACGAAAACAUCUUGUUUAUCCGCAGGAAGUUGGUCAUGUAGCAUGCAUUUGUGAUUGUCCUGUCAUUGGAUCCCAGAGUGACACUAAUUUCCUUCGACUGAGACAUGCGCAUGCUGUAACAGUGCUUCUGGUGAGCAGGCCCCCUCCCUGUCACAGCUCCCAAACAUGUUGGGAGCCACUGUGAUGUCGUAGCACACUGUUAUGGGUGACAUUGGACUAGAUUCCGGUAUGUCAACACCUACGUUACCAAUGAGUGGCGGCAGUGGUCACACAGGGGGAGGAGCGGAUGAUGUGAGUGUGAAGGAACCGGAUAACUCUGAGUACCAGAAGUCCUUACAGAUCGUUCUAGGGACAGUGUGUGGCGUUUUUGGCUUCUUAGGCCUUCUCCUAGUUAUCUCCCUUCUCUAUCGCCUUUACAAACGUCGCCAAGCGCAGAACUACACCACAGGAUCAAGGGAACAGAAUGAGUUAAAUAGCUCCAUAACACUAGACCUUGAACAGAAGCAGAUCCCAUCGGUGUUGAUACUGUACGCAUAUGAUUGUGCAGCUCACGAGAAAGUUGUGUCCGCACUAGCUGGCUAUCUCAUAGAGACUUGUAACUGUAAUGUUCACCUUGACCUAUUUGAGGAUCAGAUCAUCUUUGAGCGUGGAUUGGAUGACUGGCUGGUGGAUCGACUACAGGAAGUGGAUUACAUCAUUGUGUUGUGUUCAGUAGGUGCAAGACUGAGAUGUACAAAGAAACGUGUAAGAUUCAAAUUCGAUCCGUGCAGAAAGAUUCCCGACUAUUUUGCAGUGGCCGUGGACUAUGUGGCUGAGAAGAUGAGAGUUGAGAGGUCUAAAGGCCUGUCCAUGUCUAAGUACGCCGUGGUCUACAUGGACUAUUCCACAGCCAGUGACAUUCCUCACCAGCUGGAGACCGGCGCCAAGUUUUGUCUGAUGAGGGACAUUUUGCCACUGUUUUGUCAUUUACAUGGGACAAGUACAGACCAAACUAAGAAUGGAAACGUAUGCUUGGGCAUAUCUGACAAAACAUACGACAGCUCAGAAUUAGGCACGGAGCUUAGAGUUGCUAUCGAAUCUGCAAAAGAAUAUUUUAGAUGUAAUCCCAACUGGGUAGAAGAUAGCAUGGAAUUUAUUCCUCCACCAAACAAGACGAAAUCCCGCCAUACACGGAAAAGCUCCCUAGAGCCUUUGUUAGGGGAUCUGAAAAUAAAUAUGCCAGAGAAGGAUGACCUUCAGCAGGUCAACACAUUGGUCGACAUCCACAGCCAGACCUUGCCACGUAGCACUAAACAGACACACUUGAACAUGGUGGGAAACUUACAAAAUCGUCAGAACUCCCUCCCCUCUUCACUGUCUAGCCAUCAGACCUUGUCUACACCACCAAACCACACCUCCAAGUCUUGUGACAGCUUCCAGUCACCAUCGCUGUACAGUGGCUUGGAACAGAUGCCGUGUUUGAUUUGCGGGACAGAGACAGAACACAACCCAAGCACACGUUGUAAGGGGCGUCGGCUUGUUCGGCAGCCUACCCAAGACAGCGAAGAUGACAUGUCUAGCUACAGACACAAGAGUAAAUCCAUGCCCACUGUGUGUGAUUCCAGCAUCCACAGCUCCCAGACAGUAUUCCAGGCAGAUGUUCAUAAGGAGUGGGAAGAGCAUGGGGCCAAAAUGUCCGGCUCAGACUCGCAGGACUCUGGGUCAAACAAAGACUUUGAAAUGGAGGACCUUGAAAAGGACGUGCAGUCCAUUAUAAUGCCCUCUAGUCUUAAGAUGGGGUCUUUUCAUUACGACAUACCAUCCAUAGCAGUUCGGCCCAUUCCCAAGGUUGUCCAACACAGACAAAGUUCCUUCUCUCCCACCCCCCACUUACCGACUGCAGUGGAUGCAGCCCUGCUCCUUCAGCCCCUAAAACAAACAUUCCAAAAGGUGGACACAUCGCCCAGCGUGGCGUCGCUAGAGGAGCAGAUAUUUCAGCUGCAGGACAUCAGGUUGUGAGUUUUGUGACCUGUGCCUGUGUGUUAACUGGAACACCAGUAUGUAGACAUGCCCUGAUCAGUUCAAUUCAACCUGAAUACCUAAGGUACAAUAUUUUACCUAUAAUAAUAAGCCUUUAGCUUAUCUAUAACAAAAAAAGACUGUACAAGCUUGAGGUUUAUUCUUAAUUUUAUUUCCUGUACACAAGGAAGGGUUUAUGUGUUUAAACAUGGUUUUUGAUAGGCUUGCAACUAUGACCGCAAACUGAUAAUGAAAAAUAAUUUAUCAUGGUUUGAAACAUAAUCAAGUUAGGAGAACUGUGUUAGUGAUAUGCAUCAAUAUACUUGUUGAACAAUUGUGUUGUAUCUCUCUACCCCUGUGUGGUUAAGCUUACAGAAUAUAUAUAACGGACCUGACCAAGCCAUGUGUACAUACUGGUAUACCAGUUAAUUCUGUUGUACAGGAACACUAUUACAAAUAGAUAAGGUGCUUUGCAUAUUUGUGAAUACGAGACUCACAGUCUUCAUACCUAUAUAUUGUACAUACAUACCAUAGGAAACCCAAAUUGUGAUAUCCAUAUUUACAUUAUACAUUAUAUAGUCAUUAGUAUUUUCUAAACAAUGUUUUGCUUUAUUGCAUUAAUUUGUAAGUAUGUAUAUUCUAUAUAAACUCAACACAGUUACUCUCUUGACUGCAAGUGUUUAUGUUGUAUUUGUACCUUUUCAAUGAAAAAAGUAAUUUCAGUAAAACAAUAUUUCUGUUGUACAUAUAUUUAUUAAACACUGUUUCUUUCGCUAGUCGAAAACUUACCGUGUAAAAUUAUGAUAUACAAAUGUACAUGUGUUGUUUAAAUAUUUUUUUGUGAGGUUUUCCUGUUCAAUUGAAAUUGAUUUGAACUGAAAUUUCAACUGUAGACUGUAGAUACAUGUCUAAUUUUAACCCCCUUACUUAUAAUUACUUGAAAACUAGUUUCUCCCACAACCACUUGUACUGUAGGUUUCCUCACUUAUGACACAUUGGUGGAUAAACCUGCUACAUUUGUAGGAGUUGGUAAACAUCAGUGGGUAACACCCUGAACGUGAUUUCAUUGGUCAAUCUUUGAUUUAUGACGUCACGUAACAAUGCUUUUCGACGUCAUUUUCCAUUGUGACGUCAUGCUCCAUGGCAACUGUUUCCCCCAUCUGAAACACACCUGAUGAAUAUUCAAAGGGAAAACGUUUAGGGAGAAACAUGUCCCCAAACUCGUGAUGAUCAGUUAUCAUGUUUAUCAGCUAACUCUCAGUAGUUAAUUUUCAAAUUGUAAAAGACACUCUGUUAACCUUGUGUCUUGAUACAAUUUGAAGAUUAAGUAACUCAAGUUAGAUAAAUAUGAUAACCAACCAUCACUCGUUGGGGAACCACUAUUUCAACCAAGUCUUAAUUUCUGAUGGGAAAAAAAGUCGAACUUAGACAUAUUUUUUCUAGACUUUGAAUUAUUUCAGUUUUCUGUGCAUAUGUUAUCAUGCCACACAUGCAUUAUAUAGUUUUGUUUGUAUAUAUUUCUGAUGCUGAAAUUUUCUUGAAAGUAGAUUUUGUUUGGUUCAAUUUAGGAUUGAUGUAAUUACAGAAUGAUAUUGGUCAUCAUUAUUAAUGUUUUUCCGUGCAAUAUUUGUGAGUUUUCAAUAAUCAUUAGUUUCAAAAUCAUGGGGGAUUUUGACUAUACAGCAGUCAAAGUAAUGUACAAAUGUAUUUCAGGGAAUUAAAUGCAGAUUCGGAGUAUUGAUUUACGACUUGAUAAUAUAUAUGUCAACUUCAAAUACAUACUUAUUUCAAAUAUGGAAUUAAUUUAAGCUUAUCAUUUGAUUUUGAUAUAUUUUAUUAUUAUACAUUGUACCUUGUGUUAUAAUCACAUGUAGAUAUGUAUACAGAAAUUGUAAUCGGACAUUGUGCUUUUAAUUUGGUAAUGUAUAUAUAUUUUUUUGUGUAAAAGUCAAUAUCAAGUUUUAGAGGGAUACACAGGAUAGGGUAGAGUACUAUAAGAGAUGGUUUGUCCCAGGAUUUCUCAAAGUUUUGACAUUAAAUGUUCAAAAGACAAUUUAAAGAUUUGAACGUUGAAUUGUUAUACUCAUUCAAAAUAAGAAAGUUCCAAAAACAAAAUGAAAUACUUUGAAGCAUAUCAAAGUCUGAGAAAGGGUGAAAGUGUUGGUUAGAUUUAAAGAUUAAUUUUAUAGAUGAUCAGGUCUGUGUUACAGUAAAACUAACACUCCCUGUAGGAGCUGGAUGGGUUCAGAAUAUACAGAAAUAUAAUUGUGUAAAAUGGACCCGUUGGCGUUUAGGAUAACUAUAUUGACAAAAAAAAUAUUCUUGAAUUGUCUCCCUUUAUCAGUCUCUGAUAUUUUUCUUGUCAUUUUCUAAGAACAACACCCAAACUUUCCGCUGAUCAGACUUCGCUAUUUUGACAAAUAUUGGGACCAACUUCGUUGCUUAUUAUACAUUGUCCUUAUUGCAAUGUCAGGGAAUUCACCAUUUGAUGUCCAGGAAUUCGAGUCGGCAGAACUGUAUGUACAUGUUGUGUAUCAUUAGGGUUGUUAAGAAAACUAAUCAAUGCAUAUAUAUGGGUGUAAAUGUUGAAUAUACUUAUAUGUGAAUAAUCCUUACAGAUUCUCAUUAGUGCUUUAUAUUCAUAAUAUCUAUUAUUGUUGAACUAUAUACACUGUAUACAUGAUUGAUAAUCUUGUUUUGUGUAAAUACAAUUGCUAUCUGUUGAUGUUCGAUAUGUACUUAAUGAUGAUGCCAAUGAUAUUACAAAAUCAUGUUUUGUGUUUAUAUUAAUAUGCCAAUGAUUGAUAAGCUAUCGAUUUUGUGUGUAACUUUGUGAUCUCAUAUCAGUUGUAUUUCUCAUUGUGAAUGAAAUCAAAUACAUUCGAUGGGUGACGUGGCUGCAAUUUAUAAAGGGAAACAACUCAAAAUUUGAACGUAAUGUAAUCAUUCAGUUCCACGUGAAAACGUGAUUUUGGACAAAAUGUAAAUAUGCAGAAUAUCAGCAACUGCACUGAUCUCUGAGAGAGAUGCAGUGUAUUUAUUGUAUGGGCGUUUGAAAUCAGGCCAGGAGUCUACGGGAAUUUCAUGAUCUUCGUGUUGGCAAAAGAAUAAGGAAUCGGUCUAGACAUGAGUCAACAUUUUCAUAUAGUUUACUUUUAUUUCAGUGCUGCAUCAAACUUUCAUUGAGCAUAUAUAUAUGUACGUAAAGAUUAAGUGAAUAUGUACUAUUACAGGAAGUUUGAAUUGAUUACCAAGAAUAAUAUCAAUUUCAUUACCAAAUGAAUUCUAGAUUAAAAUCUUGUCUCAUGAUCCAAGGGGCUGAUCUGUUAUAUGAAGUUAGAAUAUUCAAGUUCAAAUGUUCUAUGACCUAAAUCUUGGACUUAAAUAGCAAUCUAAUUCCGUGCCUAAAUCAAAUGACAACAGAACAAAAUUGGGUUUUAAAAGACUUGGACUAAUUAUAUCGUAAAUCGUUAAUAUAAUUCCCUUCAUUCGAUAUGAUGUAUUACUAUGGCAAAGUAAACACGUCGGUUGUGUCUAUGUACAGACACGUGUGUUAAGUGUAGUAAUAACAGUUUUUUACCUGUAAUCAACGACCAGGUAAUCAAUAAUGCAAUGUGUUAAACCUAUCUCAAACAUGCCUGUAGUGAUUUCAUAACACUUUGCUUACCGACAUGAAGUAAACGAUUUUCAGGUCUGAUUGCAAAAACCUGUUUGGGUGUUGUGCUUUAAUGUCAACGUAGGACUAGUGUAGGCUAUACAAACCUUACCUGUGAUAAAUCAUUCGGAAGGAGCUUUUUGGGAUUAUUCUUCUGUAUGGCUCCGUAGAGCAAUUAGUUCUUCCAGUGAACUAGUACUUAAAGUGGCUUAGAUAGUGACCCCGUCAUCUUUAGACAAUGUCUUCAUAGACUUGUACUAUUGUGAUGCAAAGCCCUAAACAAAUAAAAUAAAAAUACACUUACCCCGUGUGCUCAUGCUAAAUAAGCUUACUAAUAGCAGAUAUAUUGUGUAAAUGUAAAAAUAAGGAAGUAAUCAUGAUUUAAUACUUUGCUUAAAUGCUUUAAAUGAAAUACCCUUUUAUACAUACUUAUAUGGAAAAGUUGAAAUAUUCAGCGAUAUAUGUACAUUUUUACUGUCGGCCUGUAAAGACAGAAAGGUACAUACUUUGAUAUCAUACAUUUAUGUAGAUGUUUAUAAAUUAUCAUUUGAACUUCACGAUACAAUUCAUAAACUUAUGAUAUAACGUAUUUUAGAGCAGCCGCUCUUAUGAAGACAAUUUUCAAAUUAAAAUAGAUUAUAUACAUGUAUAUCAUGGUCUGUUAAUUAAGAUGUUGUCUGGCCUCAAUAUUUUUCAUCCAGUAUUAUUUAGAUAAUUUUUGUUUAAUAAACUAGGGAAGUCCUGUUAACCAUCAAAUUUUCUGUUCUUAGUAUUCGACAACGUCGCAGUCUUUAACCCAUUCACCCAUGAAGACACAUUUGAACUCUUCCAAUUAAAAGGUUGAAAUAGUUCAUUAUGAAACUUCAGGGGAAAAUGAGUCAAAAUCUAGUUACAGAUAUCGCACGAUGACCAGGUUUUAGGAUAGGGAGCUAUACAAGUAUUUGUUUACAUUUUGUUAUUAUGAAUAUUUCACUGUAUUGUAGUAAAACAAGAAGGCAGUAUAGCUGCUAUUGAUAUGUGACAAGGAGUGUAACACUUGUACACAGAACAGACCAUUAUUCUGAAAUAGAAAGACUACACUAAAUGGCUGGGGAUACCUUAGAGGUAAUAGAAGUGCGACUUCUCAUUCAAAUAACACGUGAUCAACAUAACUGAAUAUAUUAAUAUUAUAAAUGUGAUAUAAAUAACAGUGAGCAGAUCCUUUAUAUCUGGAAUACAUAAGUUUGUGUACACGUGUUUAUUUAACGACUAGAUAACUAUCGGCAGUGAUUCGGUCCUCACAUUUUUGCAUGCAUCGUACUAAUUAUGGGAAAACAAAACAACAACUCUUAAGGUUAUCAUAGUACAAACGAGGUUAAUAUACAUUAACAACAUGAUUCGGACUCGGUGAUAUGAAGAAUCAUAGCUUAAAAACACGUUACAUGUUAGAAAAAAAAGGUUUCAUUUUUUUGAGUAAAAUCAGUAUUACUUAGAAUGGUUUUUUUCAUCUUAUCAGUGAAUAUAUUAGAAUGCCCUGUCUUGUCUUAUCGUUUCAAGUGACUGAAAGUAUCACCGAAUCUUAGCUAAUGAAACGUUGUACAAAUGGGGAUUAAAAAACAGUAAUUUGCGUGUAGCAAUAUUAAUGUAUCGUUAGACUAAAGGGCAUAAAUUUGUGAAGUUCAUUCGUUUUUUUAAAAUACUUUAUAUGCAAUUUCUGCACGAAUCGAUCAGUUGCGUUCGUUUUCAGUACAAAAUCAAAUAUAUUCGAAAUUUUACAACGUUCAGUUUUAUCAAGGUUCUCGAGACUUAUGAUACAUGAACUUUUCAUAUUCAUUUUUGCCUUGAAUUUAUACAGAAAUUUGAAUUCCUUUUUUUGUAAAUUAUAUAAGUUGAUCAGGAUGAAUACCAGGACUUGUACAUUUUGUUUGUAGUUCUUGAAAACAUCACAUAUUCUAUUUACUGUGUAGUGUAUCAUUAGGUCCAGUACACUGCCGAUUGAGCUAUAUAGCCGUAAAGACCUAACAUAGAUGUAUUUACCUACCUCUGAUAUAUAUAUAUGUUUUGCGCUAUUUUUCACGUAUUGACUUACUAAAAGAAAACCUGGUCGCAGGUAAAGGAUAUUUUAUCUUUAUUUUAUUACAAAUGCAUCAAAUAAAUUUGUGUAAAAUAAUAAAACAUUAUAAUUAUGCUGUUCGUAAUAAACAUACCAUAAUCCUAUAGGUUUGUGUAACUCUGCAUUAUUAGCUAUUAAAACUAAACUAUUAUAAAGCAAAAUACAGCUAAGAGGAUAGUUGCAUAUAACUAUAUAUUGGUCUUGACAACUAUAUAAGCUUAAUAUGCAGAGCUUCCUGGACCUGGUAAGCUGGUAAGUAAAUUGAUAAAUAUAACAAUGUAAGGUUAAUUUUUGUGUGUAUUUGGAAUCGUUUUACUGUGCUAUUAGCCAUCCUGAUUUUGUAGAUGAUUUGUCCCCGAGCAUUAAUCUGUUAUUCACAUAUCAAUGACGUUCACUUAAACAUCUCUGCCUAACCAUCUUCGCUUCGAGUGUAUAUCAAGCGAAAACUUGGCUAGCGAAGAUGCUGCAUACCAGGAGACUCGUGUAUACAAAUAAAUAUCUUUACAAGUAA